UACAUCUGUAAGUCAUUUGCCUUCAUGCAUUUGUCUAAUGCAAAAUUGUAUACACAAAAGUUUAUCAAAAAAAGGCAUUCGGAAAAAAAAAAAAAAAAAUAGUAACAACUCUACUAUAAGGCUAACAUUUGCGCGAUUCGAAAACCCUAACGAACCAGCAAAGCUUCCAUUCUACGAGAGCUUCGGCAAUGGCAGACGGGGCCGCCGAAGUAUCGGUGAUAACUUUUGGGGGCAAGGGGUCGUCUCUAUCUUCAUCCUCCGUCUACGCCAUUGCAAACGGCCUUGCUAAGGUACGUAUCGAUUCCUCAGCUCUUGAUAGGCUAGCCUCCUCCAGCAGCGACGCGCCACUUCUCCAGCGUCAUCAAUUUACCUUUCCCGACCUCCUAACCGUAGAAGAGUGUAGGGCCUCUUUCGUCGUCCUCCUUAACAAGCUCCUCCUCCUCUCCGGUUCGCCCGGCAUCCGAACUGACCUUCCAGUUCACAUCGCCGAAGCUCUAAACUCGGGUUUGAAAACCAUACGGUUCGAUUCGCUCGAUUUGACCGAACGGGAGGUACUGGCAUUGGAGACGUUGAAGGUACCCUCUGUAUUGUACGGAAUUUCAGCACUUUCUGACCAACAAUCGGCGGCCUUAUCGACGGUCGUGGAUGUGGCGGCGGCUCUAUCAUGCGAAGCAUCGAAAGCCGACAUCUCGGUGCUCAAUUCGAUGGAUUCUGGAGACGGAUAUGCGGAGAAGGAGGAGGUUGGAGUUGCCAGUGACAUGAAGGUGUUGCUCACUGGGUCUAACUUGGUGGGUAAGGUUGAGAUCGAAGCAGUCUCCAAUAUCCCCAAAAUUCACGGGUGUUUGAGGGAGCAAACAAAAUCGGUUCACUCGAAGACCCGGGUCGAUUUGAAUUCUGUUCUGGGAGUUGGAAAAGGCGGUCCACAGAUCGCAGCGGUAGCUGAGGCUUUGCAGAUUACAUUGCAACCUUUGGCUGCGGCAUUAAGGAACUUGGGGAAUAGUAGUUUAAGCCGUGCAAAAUUGAAUUUGGACGCGGUGAGUGUUGAUGAUUUGCGGUCGAGUUUGGUUGGUUUGUUUAAUGAGAAAUGCCCAAGUGCUGAUAGCUUGAGAAGUGGGUAUAAGCUUGUUUGCCAAUUAGUUUCAGAAGAGGAAGAGAAUUAUGUUUUGUUUGCUCAUCAAGUGAAUGUGUUAUUGGGUAUUGUGUGGAAGAUUGUGGCUUGGGAGGUGAUAACCGCGUAUAUUGCUCUAGAGGGUGCUAAACUGAAUGAGAAGAGUGAAAGUGCUGAAAUCAAUGGAGGUGGGAAUGUGAAAGUGGAAAGGAAGAGAGAGAAGAAGAAGAAGAAGGAGGUUUCGUUGAAAGGAACCCGUGCUAUAGUUCAGGAGAUUAAGGAAAGAUUAGAAAGUAAAGAAGAGGAUGCUAUUGACAAUUUGGGGUUAUCUCAUAAAUGGAUAGAUAGUUUUUUAUCGCUUUUGGACCCUAAGGACCCGGACUUUGAUGGUUUAUUGAACAAAAUAAAGGAGAUUGUGGAAAGCAAUGAAACUAGAAGACUUCCCAAGAUUCCAAAGGGCACUCGUGAUUUUGCAAAAGAACAAAUGGCUAUAAGAAAGAAAGCUUUCUCAAUAAUAGAGGAGGUGUUUGAGAGGCAUGGUGCUACUGCUCUUGAUACUCCAGCUUUUGAAUUGAGAGAAACUCUCAUGGGAAAAUAUGGGGAAGACUCUAAGUUGAUUUAUGAUCUUGCUGACCAGGGUGGGGAGCUUUGUUCAUUGCGAUAUGACCUAACUGUUCCGUUUGCUAGGUAUGUGGCUAUGAAUGGUUUCUCAUCAUUUAAGAGGUACCAAAUAGGGAAGGUUUACAGAAGAGACAACCCAUCUAAGGGUAGAUUUAGAGAGUUUUAUCAGUGUGAUUUUGAUAUUGCUGGCCAAUAUGAACACAUGGGGCCAGAUUUUGAGAUUAUUAAGAUUUUGACAGAACUACUUGAUGAGCUGAGUAUUGGAGAUUAUGAGAUAAAGCUGAAUCAUCGAUUGUUACUGGAUGGGAUGCUUGAAAUAUGUGGAGUGCCCCCGGAAAAAUUUAGAACUAUUUGUUCAAGUAUUGAUAAGUUAGACAAGCAAAAAUUUGAGGAGAUAAAAAGGGAAAUGGUGGAAGAGAAGGGUUUAACCGUUGAGACAGCUGACAGGAUUGGCACUUACGUGAAGGAGAGGGGCUCUCCUCUGGUAUUAUUAAAUGCGCUUAAACAGGAGGACCGCGAGUUCAUAAAAAACGAAGCAUCAAAAAAAGCUUUGGAUGAUCUGGAGAUUUUAUUUAAGGCUUUGGAAAAGUCGAAGUGCAUAGAUAAAGUGGUUUUUGACUUGAGCCUUGCUAGAGGUCUUGAUUAUUAUACGGGUAUGAUAUUUGAAGCUGUUUUCAAAGGUGGCACACAGGUUGGUUCAAUUGCUGCUGGUGGACGUUAUGACAACCUCAUUAAGAUGUUUGGAGGAAAGGAGGUGCCAGCAGUUGGUGUUAGUCUCGGAAUCGAGCGGGUAUUCACUAUAAUGGAGCUGCAGCUUAAGAAACAGAAAAUCCGAGCAACCAAGACCGAAGUUCUUGUGAGUAUACUUGGGGAUGACCUACUUGAGGCUGCAGAGCUAGCAAGCUUGCUGUGGAAUGCUGGAAUAAAAGCUGAAUAUUUGGUGAAUAAGAGAAUAUCAAAGCAUUUUGACCGUGCAACUGAGUCUGGUAUCCCUUGGAUGAUAAUUGUGGGUGAGCGGGAACGGAAAGAAGGGAUUGUUAAACUGAAAGACUUGAGCACCAAGAGCGAGGAGGAUAUCUCUAGGAGUCGAAUAGUAGAAGAACUUCGAAAGCGGUUGAACUUGAAUCCUUGAGUGGCCCAUAAAAUACAAUACAAUUAAUUAAAGUGUUGAACUUUUUUGGCUGAUAUCAGUUGAAAAUACUUUUAUUAUAAUUUUAUUUUAAACCUUUAAAUUUUUAUUA